CACAAACAGAUCCAUGGCACGAGUGCUUUUUUGGGGGGGCUUGGGCACCCUCCCCAAAUUUCUCGGCGCACCUGCCUCCUUUUGUGAUCUGUCUGACUCUUGUCAUCCCCAGGAGAACUUCAAGGGUGAAAUAGAGUUUCGGAAUUGUGAGUUCACCUAUCCAACACGCCCGGAUGUGCGUGUGUUGAAAGGCCUGAUGGUAACCGUGAAGCCGGGACAGACGCUUGCGUUUGUGGGGAGCAGCGGCUGCGGCAAAAGCACCAGCGUCCAACUGUUGGAAAGGUUCUACGACCCGGAUGAAGGGAAAGUGUUGAUCGAUGGCCGGCCGUCGCAGUCGGUGAAUGUGCCCUUCCUGAGAUCUCAGAUCGGCAUCGUGUCCCAGGAGCCCGUCUUGUUUGACUGCAGCAUCGCUGAAAAUAUUCAAUACGGGGACAACACGCGCCGCGUCGGCAUGGAGGAAAUCAUGGCGGCUGCCAAAAAAGCCUACCUUCACGACUUUGUGAUGACGCUGCCAAAUAAAUACGAAACCCAAGUCGGCGCGCAAGGCUCGCAGCUUUCAAGAGGACAAAAACAACGCAUCGCCAUUGCCAGGGCCAUCGUCAGGAACCCCAAGAUCCUGCUUCUAGACGAAGCCACCUCUGCUUUGGACACUGAGAGCGAGAAGGUA